AUUGAAAAUGGUUGGACGUGGAAACAAGUGUUGUUUUCAUAAUUGUGAAAACUCCAAGAGAAGCAACCCGAAUCUACAUCUUUUCAAAUUUCCGAAGUCAGAGGAACUUAGUCAGCAAUGGGUGAUAAAUUCAGGACAUGUCAACCUUCUCGACAUAUCUCCAGGAACACUUAUGAAGAAUAAAGUUGUUUGUGAAGACCAUUUCUCUGAGGAUGAUUACAGAAAUACUUUGAAUAGAAAGUUAUUGAAAAAAACUGCUGUCCCAAAACAUUUUUCCGGCGGAAUUGUUGAUGAAAAAAGCAUUCGAAAAAGCUCUCCUUUGCCAUCGACUUAUUGGGAGUUAUCAGGCAGUGUUUCAGAUACGAACUUGAAAAAAACCGUACGAACUUACAAAAACGUUAUGCUACAAGAUUUCUUGCCAGACACUUUGCUACAAGAAUCUUCCGUUGUAAGAAAAAAAUCAAGUGAUUCAGAUGUGUCUGAGAAAACAAAACAAUGGCUAGAUGAUAUAACUAACAUGCCAACCAGUUCUAAAUCCAAAAGACAUCUAUAUGAUGUUCCUGACAGUCCAAAAAAGAAAAAGAUGAAAAAAACCAUUGAACAUCAACGAAACCUUUUGAAAAAUGAACGAUCAACAAUUCCAUAUUUGAGGAAUAAAUGUGCAAUGUUGAAACAGACUAAUAAACUGCAAAAUACUUCAAACAAGAUACAGUUCAAAUCUAAGUAUUCUCGUGCGGUCACCAGUAUGCAAAUUUCACACAAGAAGAGGACAAUUUGGACAAGAGAUGAGAAAGAACUCGCACCCUUAACAUUCUACAAGUCUCCAUCAACGUACAAAUUUCUAAGACAAAAGUUAAAGAUUAAUUUACCUGCAUUAUCGACAAUCAGAAAAUGGAUUGGAGGCGCUUCAUUUAGGCCUGGUUUUGAUAAACUUCAUUUUAUACAGAUAACAAGAAAAGUGCAAGUUAUGGAAGAAGCAGAAAAAUAUUGCACAAUUGUUUUCGAUGAAAUGAAAAUUGAUAGAAAAUUUGAAUAUUCAAAGUUAUUGGACACAAUUGAAGGAUUCGAAGACAAAGGAAUAAUAGGUGGUAGAUCUAAGACGACGGGGACACAAGUGAUGGUACUUUUGGCCGGAGGACUAUAUUCCAAGUGGAAGAUUCCAUUAGGAUAUUUUGUCUAUGGUAGUGCUAUGAAACAUACCAUCCUGAAAGGAGUGAUCAUCAAAGCCAUUUAA